AACAACACGCUGUAUUGCAAGCAAAACGUUCCGAGUUUCCGGAUGAAAAAGUUCAGUAUUUGUGGCGUUCAUACAAUAGUUUUUGUAUCCUUGUUCAAAUUUGUUUCUUACCGAUAGAAUUGGAACGGAAGUUUAAAGAUUGUCUGGCGGCAAAAUGGGGAAAAAGAAGUCACUUAAGGAAAACCUGACUUCGGCGAAUGGGCAAAAGAAAUGUAUCCAAACAGGUAAGGAACAAGCCAGUUCUAACGCGAUGCCUUCCGUUUUGCUGACAAGCAGCACCGCUGCCACAAACAACCGCGCCAAAAAGCGUGGUGCACAGUUUGUUACCGAGCGUACAGGAAAUGGAACAAACGUAUCACCAGCGAGGCGACCAAAAACCAACCAAUCAGGAUGGGUUGUUGAGACCGGUGAGUGCCAUCCCAGCACGGAGGGUAAUACAGCGGAAAAGGGGAGCGCUAAACCGGUGAACGGUAAUAAAAUUGGCCAUAAACAAGGCUCAAGCUUUACAGCAAGCCCCAAAGCGCUAGCUUUAGCCUACAGGAGAAAUGAUUGUCCGAUCGACGGUUUUGACUCGGACGAAUGCGAUUCGAGUAUUGACGACUCUUCGGGUGCUGAACAUAAUGAAGGUGAUAUUUCGUUCGAGUCGAGUUCGUAUGACAGCGAUUAUGACGACGCAGAAGAGGACGACCAUUCAUCUGAUUACAACAUGUCAUCGUACGAAAGCGACAGUUGCGAUGAGGAAGCCGAUGAUUUCAGUUCUGAUGAUGACUUCCGAAAGUACAUGUCCGGACAGGAAGUUUACAACAGUGACAGCGAUGAAGAUUACGAACAAACCAAGCACGAUGAUACCGUUCAUAUACCGCAGGGUUCAGCCGUUUUGCACGAUUUGCCCGACGAAACAGUUCAGUUUGAUCCAUCCUGCACACGUGGGCAGAUAAUUGAAAUUGAAUAUAAUACCGCAAAUGGUUCGGCAGAGGUGGAAAACCCCAUCGAAGCAAAGCAAGCAGAAAAGGUCGAGGAAGGGAAUGAAGAGCUUGAUGAGUCGGAAGGUGAAGAUUCCAGUUCAAUUCUCAAAUCCCUACCCGAGAAUACCCCGAAGAAUGCGGAAUAUAGAUUUUACAACGCGGUGGACUUACGAAUGGCACUCGCCGUACUGAAAGCUCCGAUCUACAUCUGUGGCCACCUGUCUGUACAGAUACUGUGCGGGAAAAUUGAAAUGUGGGGCUACACACUGGAUACGGCCGAAAAAAGGACGGUGUAUGCGUCCGAGGGGUACAAUGCCAUCAAUAUUACCCCCGUACCAAGUCCGGACACGUACAGCAAAGGUGUUUUGCAUAAUAUCUGCCGAAAGCUCAAACCACACUUCAUCGCGUCCGAUAUCAACGAGUUAAUGAAGCAGUUUGAUCCGGUCAACAGUGUGCUUGUGUUGCUGCGGGCGGACACGUUCAAUGCGAGCGAUACGGUGCCGUUGGUAUGUAAGCUGCUACCAGACAUGCAGCUGUUUCCGACCUCGCUUACCGUGGACCAAAUGGCGCCCUACAGUACGACGGAAAUCUUACUAGAGAUAGCACUGUUUCCACCGACAGUGAAGAACGUUCCACUGUUUCAAGCAAAUCCGGCCUGGGACGCGAUCGAGCUGAAACCAGAUAGCCGUUUGAUGGUGGUUGGUGGCAAGGGUUCGGGCAAAUCCACACUCUGCCAGUAUUUAAUCAACAAGCACAUCAAACAUUUCGGGCGUAUCCUGCUCGUCGAUCUAGAUAUUGGCCAGCCGUUGCUCUUUUUACCGGAAACGAUAAGCGCAAGCGUCGUGCGGGAACCGAUUCUCGGUGUGGGAUGUUUCGCGACUGUGCAGCCGCACAAAUGCCAUCUGUUUGGGAGUUUAAAUGUGGUCUCAUCGCCGUUGCUGUACGUACAGAAUGUGCGCUCGCUCGUGCAGUACUGCGCCGAGCAUCCCGAUCUAAGCGGCAUACCAUGGAUCGUUAAUACGAUGGGGUAUGUGGUGGGGUUCGGCGAGGAGUUAACAACCGCGAUUGUACGACUCGUACAACCAACGGACGUCGUACAGUUGACGUUUACGAAGGAGUCGAAAAAACUAGCAUCAUUUGCCAAAACGCAAAAUUACGCCAACGAGCUAAAGGCUGAACUGGUGAAUGAGUUUAAGUUUAAUAUCUUGUACGACGAGGUUAAGGUGCAACCGAAUCCUGUCCACUACAAUUUCCACUCGUUUGAGGUCAGCUACGAGCCGAGCAAAUUGUCGUUCUUCCCGCCGAAACGGCGCACUAUCGCGAUCAUGGCGGAGCUGGUAAAGAUUUUGGACGAUGCGGCCGAAACGUUUGCCGACGUUAAACCAUACGUGGCUCGCGUAAAUGAUCUGCAAAUUUUAAUCACACGCGAUGAACAUCGCCCAUCGCAAGAGAUGUUGUUGCGCACACUGAAUGCCACAUUGGUGUAUCUUUGCGCAAAGGAUGAAAAGGGCCAGUACAACUGCAGCGGCGUGGGAAUUGUGCGCAGUGUGGAUGACGAAAACAUUUACCUGCUGCAUGCGCUGUCCCCGGAACAGCUGGCAAAUGUUACUGUGCUUGCCCUUUGCAACACAAGUCUGCCGGGUCAGGUAUACUUACAGCCCAGUCCAAACGUCGAGGUUACGAUCCCGUAUCUGCAAAAUUUGGCCAACUCAAUCCAAUCGGCUUAGGUGUGGCACUGUUUUAUUUAUACAUCCAAAGACUAACCGCGUAGUAAAAGCUCCACCUUACCAGGUGAUACGGUUUUUGUCUUGUCUCGUUAUCCGUUUGUUUUCUAAAAUAUAUAGCGAACCAUGUUCAAUUAAAAAUAUAUCGCAUCGAUCGCUUUU